CUUGUGCUGGAAAGUCAUCGGAGUAGACGUCGUGGUUGAUACCGCAGUGAAAAACGUGUUGGCAGCUGGAUCUUACUAAGUAUAAGAUCUCGAGCUGUCCACCAGACAUUCUAAUUAAUUUAGCUACACAGACUUUGGUGGCUUUAAGUGCGUAGAUUUGUUUCCAUCAGUGUUACGGCAAUUUGAGUAAUACGACAAAAUAAAAAAAAAUUUAAAUCCGAAAAUUAGUUAGAAACUUAUUCGUUAACACGUGACCCCAUUAAAAACGAUUCAAAUAGCCGAUUAAAGUGAAAAAUCAAGUUAACGAGAUAACUCAAACAAACAACUGCUAAGGAUAUUCGUCAAGGCCAUUUUAUACUCGGGAGCCUUUCAGCAGAACUACCGGACGCGGAGGAGCAGCUGAACGCGUCCAGUUUGAACUUUAAAUUGCAAAUUUUCCGGUGAACGUGCGGUGGACGGACUCUAGCUAUGCAUCGCCUAAUUGGUGUACUAUUUCUAAGUCUGAUUGGUUUGGGAUUACUGGACAAUACGCAAGCUGACGCAUCUCGAGAUGAUAUACGUGGCACCUUGCAGUCCCUGGUUUAUUCGUACAAUCAGUUAGACAACAAAUUGGAACGGCACGAGCAUCGUGAAAGAGCGCUUGGCGAACUACUGAAAAAAGCUCUGCAAACCCUACAGAAAGGGCAAAAGAAUCUUGAACCGCUUAAUGGAAUAUUUGGACGUUUGGACGAGCGGGUUAGCCAGAUCGAAACAAUGUUGAUAACGCAAGAAGAAAAGUACAACAUACAAACCGAAAAGCUCGGCGAAACUCUCGAGCACAUCUUCAAAUGGAUGCGUGAGAACGAUGAGUGCUACAAGCGACCACCGGUGCCGCCAGGCGGUCAAGCGGUCACCACACCUGCGCCCAUUGUCCAGGUACCAGCCGUGCCACCAGAGUUCAUCAAACAGCAAGAGAAAAUCAAUCAAAAUAUGCUCGAGCAAAUAACGAAAUUGUCGUCAAACGUUGAGAAACUAUUGGAUACGUCCAAGGAUAUGAUGGAGCAGACAGAAGUGGCAUUUAAGAGCGUGCCAUCCACAGCGGAAAUGUUAACCAAGAUUGAAGAUAAAUUGGUGAGCUAUAGUGUGGUGACACCGCCACCAGUGCCAGAGCCAGUGGAUAACUCAGAGUUUGAGAACAAAGUGCUAGGGAAAUUCGAUGAACUGGCGACUGGUAUACAAGAGCUACGCACACAGCCCAAGCCCAAGGAAGGACUUUCGGAUGCAGACAAAGAGUUCAUACAUGGACUGACAAACGAUACGCUCGCCGCGAUCGAGAAUGUGAAGGUUAAUGUGCAGAGUGCCACAGAAAAAGCAUUUGCUGAAACCGGGUCACUCAUCAAAGAGUCCGAGCAGAACCUUGAGUCGGGUGCGGCUAAAAUUUUGGAAGGUGUCACCGUACAGGCUAAUGAGCUCGAGAAAUUCUACAACGAGAUGAACACCAGCUACAGCAAAUUGAACGACGGACUUGAGAUAUUCAGCAAAUUCAAUAAUAUUUUAAUGGCGAACUCGGAAUAUGUUUUGGAUACACAACGUAAAGUCGAAUUCGGCACAUUGCAGACAGUACAGAAAAUCAAUGAUAUAAUCGACAAACAACGCGAAGAGAUUAUCGAUUUGCUGAAGACACGCUUCGACGCGGUCGACGAGAAUGUCAUCAAUAGCCAAUUUGAAACAAUGCAAAAUCUCAGCUCUACCAUUGAGAGCGAAAUCAGCCAUGUCUGGCGGCAAAUUUCCAUCAUGAAUGGUGAGAUUACCGAUAACAAAGAGCUACUCAGCCUGAUGCAGGGACGCAAUGAAGUGUUCGUGAACAGCACCUUCCUCAGCAUGGCUUCGAUGGGCAAUAAAGUGGAGGACAUUAAGGGACGCAUGCUAGAUAUGGACACAAAUCUGAAUUAUCUGUUGGGUAAAUUAUCUUUGAUGUCACAGGAAUUUGGCGCCAUCAAGCAAGGACUUGCCGAAUCACUGGAGCAGCUGCGCAAUACGUUCCAUGUAAUGCAAGAGAAAAUACCCUCACCAGGACCAGGACCCCAUAAUAUUGCCAAAAAUGAAUAUGAGACAGAGUUGAAUUUGUUGAAUAAGCGUCAUGCCGCUGGCACAGUGCAAUAAAUAUGGGGAGGGGAGAUGAAGAGUUUAAUUUUAUUUAUGCAACAAAAUAAUAAUACGAAAGAUCAUUUAGUUUUUAAAAGAAAUUAAAAUGCGAUAUAUUUUGUACAAUUUAUUCUAAUCGUUCAUCACACACAUACAAACAUAGAUAUAUAAACACAUUGAUUCAUAUUUGAAAUUUACUGUUAACAAGAAUAAACAAACAGAAUAACACA